AUGGCUGUGCCGGAUCAACCCUUCUUAUACAGCCAUUGCCGGACCAAGAAAGCCAAGGCCCGGCAAUAUGGGGCAGUGACGGAAGCCGAGUUUCUGGGAACUCAUACCGAUUCAGGCAGGAAGCAUCACACCGAUGACACGUUGAUCCAAGCGCCCGAGCAUCGCCCUUCACAACCUGCGCUCAACUCCAGCAAGUAA